AUGGCCAUGAAAAAUUAUUAUAUCCCUGAUUUAUUUCAAAGAGCAUCCAAUAUUAGAGUCCCAUUAGCACCCAAUGUUAAAUUCGAAAUAAAUUCAAGAAUUUUUCAAAUGCUCCCUAAUUUUUAUGGAUUACCUUUAGAGGAACCUCAUCAGCACUUAGAAAAAUUUCAUAUGGUCUGUGAUUUAGUUAAUCUCCCUCAAGUUACACCGGAAAUUAUUAAGAUGAAAUUAUUUCCUUAUACACUUAGGGAUAAAGCUAGUCAUUGGCUAUCCACAUUAGAUAGAGAAUUAACUAGCUGGAAAGAUAUAGAACAGGCCUUUCUUCGAAAAUUUUAUCCCUUAGGAAAAACUCAAAAUAUGAGAAAAUAUAUAUGGAGUUUUUCUCAAAGACUAGGAAAAAUUUUGCAUGAGACAUGA